CGCGGGCGCGGGGAGCCGGGCCGGCUGCGUGCGCGGCGGGCGGGCUGGCGAGCGAGGGGUAGAGCGCGCCGGAGGGAGGGAGCGUGUCUGUCUGUGCGCGCCGGGUGUGUGUGUGUGUGUGUGUGUGUGUGUGUGUGUGUGUGCAGGGUAUAUGUGCGGGGGGCGGGGGACCGCGAGCGGGGGGCGGGGAUGUGGUCUGCUGGAAAAAUGUUAAAAAAAAUAAAGCCGCUCCAAACCCCCGGCCCCGCGUCGCUGAGCCAGCUCCCGCAAGACUCUGUCCGGGAGGGGAUGGGGCAGCUGAGCCAUGUGCACCACCCUCUUCCUACUCAGCACCUUGGCCAUGCUCUGGCGCCGCCGGUUCGCCAACCGGGUCCAACCGGAGCCCAGCGAAGCAGACGGGGCAGUCGUGGGCAGCAGGUCGGAGAGAGACCUCCAGUCCUCGGGCAGAAAGGAAGAGCCUCUGAAGUAAGUCUUCACCCGGUCAGGCGGAGCUCGGCCCCAGGGACUGGGAUCAGCUGGCAGAGGCAGUUCAAGUCCCGGCUGGCCUCUUACCCACAAAGCAUGCUGUGGUGGAAGCAGCAGUAGCAGCAAGAAGAAAAAUGGGAAAAAGCAGUCAUCAAGAAGGUAGACUCCUCCCUUUGAGUCCCUGGACCUGCCUGGCCUCCCUUUGCCCCAGACCCUGGUGGUGGGGCUCCUGAAGCAAGGCAGGGCUGGGGCAGGCUGGAGGGCAAAGAGGCUCCUUGCCCUGGCUUGGGCUCCCUUCCUCUGAGGUCCUGAGGAUAGUCUGAGGCAGGCCCAGAGAGGGACUCAGGUUUCUUAUGGAAGGGCUUCUCAUUCAUC